AGCCAUUUCGGCUCGAGCACCAGACUGUCACACGGAUAUUGUCAGAGCUUGUGGGCAUGGAGCCAGCCCAUUUGACAUCCCUCAUCCGUACAAAGAAGCCCACAGCCCAGCGACCAGACUCCCACACUGGAGACUUGCUCUUCAUUGGUACUAUGACUUGGUGUGUUGGAGGCAUCAUCACGGUGGCCGCAAUCCUUGCUCGCUUUCUUACUGACAAGGUAAAUGCUGUUGGUCAGCCAUAUGCUUCUGGAUGGGGCUUCAUGCCUCUCACAAUAAGUGAAGGGGUUUGUACCAAUGCAUCGGCAGAAGAGCAGCUUUUCUUUGCAACAAGUCUGAUGGGAUCAAUCCUUACCUUCAUGAGCUGGCACACUUACAAGAUGACUAAUGUGUACACAGGUGAUGAGCGUUGUGCUGUCUUGCGAAUGCGUUGGACCACGAUUCGUCAAUAUCUUGCACCGCUCGGUAUGAUUGUCGCAGGCUGCGUGUCAUACAAGUCAGGCAUCGGGCUCACACCCUCAGAUGCUAUUGCUAAAGUUAUACAUGGUAUUGGAGCCAAUGCAGCAUUCUUCGGGCUCUGGUGUUCAGAGCUCAAGAUAUUGAAUGCAUUUGGGUGGAGCGGUGGAACACCAUCCCUGGUGAUAACAGGAACUGAAAGAAAGAUGCGCGUUGGCUUUGCCCUGGGAUUCAUAGUUUGUUUUACCAUCUUUAGUUGCAGCUAUGCGGCGGCGAGCAUGUACCCAGACGUGAGUUGUCGUGACAAGUACGGCACUAUUGAGAGGUCGCAGACGUACAUUAGCCAGUCCGGAAAUAAAGGGAGCAGUAAGGUCUUCGAGCUUUUUGUCGAGGAUACCGCGUCUGGAAUUGUUCUCUUGCUCAAGACGCUGUGCUUCACUGGAGAGGUGAUGCUCCUGCCGUGCAUCUGCGGAACUCAGUUCACAGUCUGGUACUUUCAUCGCCUGGUUCAACCCGAAGAGCCCGAUGACGAAGCGAGCCUGCCUGAAUCUUCAGAGGUAGAAGGAAACCGUGCCUGAUCAGCAAGCAGACUUGCGCGAGCUGAGCUCAGGCCAUAGAUCCGCAGACACGCUAACGGCGAUGUAGGUAACGGCGAUGUAGGUUUCGAUUCCCAACAUCGCCGUGAACAAACAUCGCCGUCAGCGUGGCCUUGGUUCGGCGGCACCCCAACAUACUAAUAUUAUGUUUGCAUGGUUCUACUAUAUGUUCGGGCCGGACGCGCGCCUCCAAGGAAGACAUGUAGUACUAGUAUGUCUCUGUGCGUCCCAUUGUAGAUGCCGUCAUGCAUGCUGGCUCCCUCUUCUUUCUCCUCCUCUCUCCUUUUCCGGCGCGGCGGGAGUGCCACUGGUGCUGCGCAUGGGACCCAGAGCACAAAAGCUGCCGCGGGCCAACCCCCGAGGGUGGAAGGGAGCGGAGGAGGAGG